AUGAAGAGAAGGGGCUCGGAGAAAGCACGCCAUGUGGUUGCGUGGAUCAACAAAGCCGAAUGGGAUCAAGUCCGGGAAUAUCUUUACUCCAAGGAUUCCGCCUUGCAGAGGAGUGCUCUUCAUCGGAUAUCGGCGUGGAAAGCGAGGUAUGCCAACAGCACUCCCGUGGCGAUGGACUGCACCGCGGACCUGGUGAGAUGUCAGGUGCUGGACCGCUCCGAAAAGCUGGACUCUCACGCCCUGGUUUUGCUCUACGGGGCGGCCCUGGUGAGGUUUACAAACUUGAUCACUGAACGCCAGCAAGGGAAAAUUGCCCGACCGUUAAGGAGACUGGCCGGGAACUUGAACAUCCCAGAAUGGAUUAUCAACCUGAGGCAUGACGUCACACACCGCAAACUCCCUGCCUUGAAAUGGUGCCGAAAGGGAUGCGAGUUGAUUCUGGAGUGGCUCCACCGGGAGUAUUGGUCCAGACAGUUGGGAGGGGCCCCCGGUGCGGACUGGGAAGAUCAGUCCGAUCAAGGCUUGGAUCUUAAACAACAAGAAGACGAGCUCAUUGCAUGGCAAAAAGAAAAGGAAGCUUACAAGAAUGUAAGGGACCUUCUGAUUUCAUUUGAAAAGGAGCGCUACGAUGCUUUUGGGGGUGUACAUGAAGAAAAAGAGAAAAACUCGUGGCCAGACCCUUUGGCCGACAUGAGCUGGAUACUUGGUGAGAUAAAACAUUUUUCGGAGGAAUUUGAGGAGUUGCUCGUCGACGUCCUCUUAGAAGAUGGUUUCCUCAUCCCUACAUCGGAACAACUGUCAUCGUUGGGCUGUGACGCUUCUGAUAACGAUUGGUUUUGUCCCACCGAGCCCAAACUCCCUCCAGCUGUCCUGCAUUUCUGGCUUCCCCUCCUGAAAACACUAAUCUCUUCAUCCUUCAUCCAUCUCUUCCUUGAGAAGCUGUUCGCCGAGUUGAAGCUUCUCUCCAGUGAGCACCGAAAUUACUACAUCUCUGGGUGGAUCUCCGAAGUCAUGCUCUGCAACAGUAAAAAAAGCGAUUAUCACUUUGAGACAAAGUCACAGAGGAAGGCCAGGAUGAAGGAGAAAAUUUUUGUCAACCGCAUCCAGCUGCGGUGGCAGCAGUUGCUGUCCGCCUGCCUGGACGCUCCCUGCGCCAGCACACCUCGCCUGCUCCACUUAAUCUUGGAGGACAUGGAGCAUCCUCUUCCUCUGGAAACCCAGCAAAGGUUGCUGCGGCUCUGCUCCAUCUACACUCGGACAGAACAUCCCGAACCGGACGUCGAGCAGGAACGGCGGCCCGUUUACACGCUGGAGAGUUUGCACGACGAGUUGCGGCGUUCGAGGCGCCACAGCCAGCCCUCGCAGUCGGAACCGCAGAGCAAGCAGACGGAAGAGAAGAACAAAUGGUCAAAGGCCGAGGUGGAAAAAGGAGAGUUGCUUCAAGGUUCCUCGUGGCAAGUGUGCUUUGACGACGUUUUAUGGAAGAAUUACCCUCUUGGAAAAGUCCCCGGCCAGUCGGACGCGCCCUCGUGCCUGAUGGUGGACAAUUACUCGACUAUGAGCGUGUUCGACCAGCCGGUGGAAAUGGAGAGCAGCGGCAGCGCACCGCAGAGUUUCUCGAGACCUUCUGCAUCAACAAGGACAGCUGAUGGACCUCUUUGGAGCCACAGCGAACUCGCCAAGCUCAAAACUGGACUGCAACUUUUCUGAUUCUCGUGAAAAUGCUCGAAAAGAUACAAUCUUGUUGUUAAAAGCGCAUCAUCUAGUGGAUUAUUUUUGCUGGAUUUACGUGAACGUUUACACCAAUUGAGCAUAAUACUUUAUUUACAGGUGGAUGAUUGCAAUUUAAUGGUAGAAAAUGUGUGAUCUCAGAACAAUAGUCCAAAAAGUUGAAUAAAGGAUAUUCUCGUCACAAAAGCUCAAAGAACAUUAAAGAAUUUUGCUCAACUGACA